UCCUGAAGCAGAGUGUUGGUCCGUCUCUCCAGAAGUGUUUCCUCUGUUUGCUUCAUUUUUAAGACAACGCAGAGAACAGAUUUUUGUUAAUUCACCAUUAAAUUGUCGAGGCUGUCUGUUCAAGCUGUCCGAUGCAGAACAUUAAGUGUGUGGUGGUAGGAGAUGGGGCUGUGGGUAAAACAUGUCUGCUUAUCUGCUACACCACCAAUGCCUUCCCUGGAGAAUACAUCCCCACAGUGUUCGAUAAUUAUUCUGCCAACGUAAUGAUGGAUGGGAAACCAGUGCCCUUGGGUCUGUGGGACACAGCAGGACAGGAGGACUAUGACAGACUCAGACCUCUGUCCUACCCUCAGACAGAUGUGUUUCUGGUUUGCUUUUCCGUGGUCAGUCCUACUUCUUUUGAGAACGUCCGUGCCAAGUGGAGUAUUGAGUUGAAACACCACUGCCCCAAUACCCCUAUAAUCCUGGUGGGCACUAAGUUGGACCUGAGGGAGGACCAGGACACGGUUGACAAGCUAAAGGAGCAGAAUCUCUCUCCCAUCACCUACCCCCAAGCCCUGGCCAUGACUAAAGAAAUAGGUGCAGUGAAAUACCUGGAGUGCUCAGCUUUGACACAACGCGGCCUCAAGACAGUGUUUGAUGAAGCUAUCAGGGCAGCAUUGUGCCCUGCACCCACUAAAAACACAAGGGUGAAGAAGAAGUGCACUAUGUUAUAGUGAAGAUCCCCAAGGAUGGAGACAGCAGUUAGAACUCAGCCUUGGAAAAAUGUGAAGAAAACAGAAUCAAUCAAUCAUUCAGUCAGUUAAUCAGAUUUUAUUUAUGGAGACAAAUAUGCCCAAUAUAAAACAUGUUAGUCCAGUAAAAGAUGUACUUUACUGAUGCGACUAAUAUAUGAAGAUAUAUAACUACAUCUUACUUAUGAUGGCAUCUAACAUAGUAGUUAAAAGCCAGAUUUUAAAAUGGUGAAUGUUAUUAAAAAGACACUAAGAUAAAAUAAAAAAUGGCAAAAAAACAUGCAAUAAAAGAAUUGUGCCCCGCCAUAAGUUUUAGUUUUACCUCUAGGUUCCACCAGAUGACCUUUCUCAGAAGACUUGGAGGUCUGCAGGGUUCGUAGGGUAUAAGCAAAUCAGAUAAAUAGGUUGAUGUAGAGCACAGAAUGCUCUAAAUAUGACCUUUCACCUUUAUUAACUACCUCACAGCAAAGUCACUUGAAAAUGUCCCUGGUUAGGGUUAGGGGUCUCAUGAAUCUUUAAAAUAUUGUUUUUCUGAACCUGAAGAGUUUUGUUCUAUAAGUCUGAGUGUCUGUCAAAAUAUUUAAGUUCCUAUAUGAGGAUUAUCAAAUGUUGUUAUUUUAGAAAUUCAGAAUAUGUUCUAAAAUGAUCUAUGUUUAGUUGUAAAUUGAAAUAGUGAUUAAUGUGUUAAACUCUGUUUUUUCAUUCAGUAGAAUGGUUUACAUGUUUGAAAUCUUUCAUUUGAUACAGCAACAGUCAGGAGAAAGCAUUUUUUCUCCAAGGAUAGUUUAUUUGCAUUUGUUGUCUCUCAGUGAGUCUAAAACGUGAUACAAAUAAAAAUGUUUUUUUCUUA